AUGCCACCAGGAGGAACUAAAGAAAUGCUCAAGAUCGACUUACGCAGGUGUUUGAAAGAAGCAACAUUAUUGUCAUCGAUGACAGUACCCACUGCCCUUGAGUUGUUGCAUGCGUUCUUGGAAGAAGGUCAUAGUAUUACAAUGGAUCCAGCAUUUCCUAAAAAACCACCAAAUGCUUUUUCAAUAUUUAUGCGAAAAGCAGGACAUAGCAGAUUCUCAUCGGAUGUAAGUGCAUUCUGGAAUAAUGAGUCGAAUGCAGCUGAAAAAGCAGAAGCAAAAAAGGAAGCUUUACAAUUAAUGGAAAAAUAUUUGUCAAAUUUGCAUGCUUACAGAGAAACACACCAAGAAUUAACGCUAGCACAUCGAAAUUAUGUGGAUAAUGCAAUUUCGAUUGCGCAGAAAGCCAUCAGUAAAUCAAAAGGGAUGAAAACUAAUAAUAGCAACAGAAAAUCCGUUAAGAAGAAAGGACCGAAAACAGCCUUCGAUCUCUUUGCAAUCAGUAUGGCUAAUAAAUAUGUUGAUUUGGAACCCGAAAAACGAGAAAAAAGACUGCGGAAGAAAUUUGAUAAAUUGAGUGAAGCCGAAAGAGAAAUUUACGAUAAUUUGGCAGCAGCACUUUAG